UUAUAGCGGGACUGUGGUGGGCAUUUUGACACUUGGGGGAACUGACUUGAUGUUACUGACAUCCACAGUGACACCAAUACAGUGAUCAGUGCUAAUAAAAAGCACUGACACUGUACUAAUGGCACUGGGCAGGAAGAUGUUAACAUGUGGGGCGAUCAAAGGGUUAACUGCGUGCUGUUUUACUGUGUGUGUGCUUUCAACUGUAAGCACACUGCUUUGUACGGCUCUGCUAUGCAGAGCCAUGCAAAGCAGUGUGUAGGAGCUGACGGGAGAGAACUGUAUUGCUUGCAUACAUGCACUCCCUACCCAGAAAUGCAAAAU